CCUCAAAUCCCCCUUGCCAUCAUUAUCCUUCAUCACCAUCAUCUUCAUCCUCUUCACAUUUUUUUUUCUUCUUCAAUUCUCCAUUUACAGAGCCCACUGUACGGAAAAAACAUUAUACAAAUCACGAGAUCAAUCCACUCUGUGCCCAGAUCUUCCCCAAAAUCUCAUUUCCUAUAUGCAUAUUUGUUUCUGUAAGCUCUUGCGCUUAUAAGAAACUGCGCGGAUGUUUAUAAUGUACUGUGUGGUGAUCAAUCAGAAUGUGUAGAUUGGGAUUGGAUUGGUUUUGUUUCUCCUAGGUUCUUUGGGUUGGGGUGGUGGUUAUUAUUAUUAUUAUUGAUUAAUUUUUACUAAUUUUGGAGAAAAUGGAGAGAGGGGUGCGAGUGAAUGGAGAAGAUUACUAUUAUUCAACUGGAGAUGGUUGCAUCGGAGUGGCAUCCUAUUCCUCGGCCUCGGCCUUGCCUCGUGUUGUCGUUGCUGACGCCGCCUGUGACGGGAGUGUCGGUGGGGGAGGGGGGAAUUAUAUCGAACACCAUGUGUCCAAAUUUGAUACCCUCGCCGGCGUCGCUAUUCGAUAUGGCGUUGAGGUGGCCGACAUUAAGAGGAUAAAUGGACUAGUGAGUGAUCUCCAAAUGUUUGCUCGAAAGACACUUAAGAUACCGUUACCAGGGAGACAUCCACCAUCUCCAAGCAUGUCAAAUGGUUUUGAUAAACAAGGAGCUAGCAUCUCAGAGCAGACCCCACCUAAUCACAGACAUUCAGACUUGUUUGAUUCGUUUCAGUCACUAAAACUGAAACCUUCUACCCAGCAAAAAGCUUCCCCAGCAAUGAGUAGUUUACAAGGUCAUUAUGGUCCUGGAGGAUCAUAUCAGAAAGCUAUAUUUGAAGGUUUUGAAAUGGCCACAUACCAGGGAAUAUCUAAUUAUCUAGACGAUGAUGGCCCUUCUUUCAUCACAUCACCUAUGCUCAAUCCACCGCUCAAUCCUCACAGAAAAUGUAAAAGCGUAUCAAAUGGAUUUUUGAUACAGAAUGGUCAUUUGGUGGAUUAUGAAUCUAAUCAAGAAACUAAAGAUAAUGGCUCUGAUAGAUCAUGCGAGAAAUCCUUCAGAAGGCGUCAAAAGUCUGAGGCUGAUUUUACCCGCACCCAUGAAAUGAUUCUAAAGGACGAUAACAGCAAUGGCAGUGGAUUUUCACCUAUUGCCUGCAAAGGCCUGGCUUUGAGACCUAAUUCAGCUAGUCGGACUGCCAUAGCUGCUGCUGAUAGUGAAGCUAGUUUGAUAAGUCCUAUUUCUAUUGGGUCGGGGGAUUCACUUGUUUCUGACAGUCUCGACAGAGUUAGAAAGUCAUCAAGUGCAUCAAAUUUGCAGGAUUCGGAUAGUAGCCCAUUGGCAUCCCUGUGGCCAACAUCAAAAUGGAGCUUGACAGAUUUCCAGGCACUUUCAACUGCAGCCAUCACAAGAUCAAUCUUUGAUGGCCUACCUAAUCCAAUAAGCGGUCGAAGGAACAAAGCUGCACUUGAUUAGUACCAUUCUUUGGGUUACACACUGUCCAGACAGACCAUUUUUCUUUGAUAUUUUGGCCACAGAUAGAAAGGCGGGAAUAGAAAUAAGCGAUAGUAAUUAUUAAAGAAGAUUCAAACAUUUAGUUUUUGCUGAAGGGCAUUUCGUAUCCAUUGCAGAUGUACAAGUUAAAUUGUUAGAGAUUGAAGAUCUAAAGCAGCAGAGUAAAGAUUUUUUGUAAAAUGUUACCACACUGAUAGAAUUUUGCCAGUGGUUCUGUUUAUUCAUCCUGAGACCAUCACAGAAUAUGUAUACUUAGGCCUUUUGUUUUGACAAUAGCAGGUAUAUACUAUAGAGAUGUUUAGUACAACUUUUUAUUUGAAAUGGAAAGAAAGGAGUUAUCUUA